AUGUUACUCCGGAUAUUAGUAUUCUUGUCUGCUCUUGGACUGUCAAUGGGUCAGCCCUGUCCUGGAUGUUUCCCGGGUUACAACAGUGGUGGAUGUGCUGGUUGCGGGCCACGAACCUAUCGUUUCCCAAUGAUGCAACAAAUGCUGCCUUCUCCAUACGGACCAUGUGGUGGUUUGCCCUGUCAGCGCCCACCGAUGCCCGGCCAUAACGGUCACUUUGGUGGAAUGGGACAAGAACAACAGGUCUUUGGCAUUCCAGAUCCAAUUGUGACGGAUACAGGUCGUUUGAUCAACGCUCCUUUCCAACCCCCGAAAUCGAUACCACCAUUACGAGUUGGAACAAAUCCAUUGUUUAACCCUUUGUCUUGA